AUUGAAGGAAUCUCUCUGCCAAACACGUGUAAAUGAGUUUCUCCAAGAUAAAAUAUGUCCUUUAAGUUACCUGAGCCCAUUGAGGCUGAGAGAUCUGGGAAAAGAACAGCAAGCGAUCUUGAAGAGGAAAAUGGUUCAAGUUCGGAAGAUGAAACACUAAGCUCUAGUAAGGAAUCCUUGCAGCCUAGGAAAAAACGUGCACCAUCAAGUAGUACAUGGAGUGAGCAUGAUGAUGAAGCAGAUUCAAGCUGUUUGAAGAGUCGACUCGCAAGUUCUAUGAGAGGAAACUUUUCACCAAGUCAAUGGACCUAUAAAGAUCUUAUGUACAUAAAUAUCUUUUAUGAGGAUUUCCCAGAACCCUUGGAAAAAUUCAUUAAAGAUGUGAAGGAUGAUUUUAGGAAAUGUUCAGGUUUUUCUCCUGAUCCCAGCAAAAUUACCAUCUUUCUCAAGAAACAACUUGAAAAAAGUUUGACAUUUUCAUAUGACAUAAGAAAAAAUGCAAGAAUUUUUCAUGUAAAAAGACAAAUAACAGAGAAGGAAAAUGUAAAAAAAGAGGUCAAGGAAAAUAUCAAAAGGGCAUUGGAAAAGUGUGAUGUACUACGAGAUAACACGUCCUUGGAACCUGCUACUGAGGAAUUUUUAAAGGAUUCUUCUAUAUUGAUGAAUGAAGCAGUACAGGACUUUGCACAGCGAACACUUGAACUGAUGGAAAUGGGAAUAUUUCUUCAACAACCAAUGUUUCCUACACAGGAAAGGGAGAGAGGGAAAGGGAAAAGAAGAGGUGAAAGAGCUAGAGGCGGACAAGGAGGGUCACGUGGUAGAAAUGACGAGUCAAACUGUAUGCAAACCAAUGAAAAUAUUUGUCAGCAUUACUGUAGAUUAUUUGGAAGAAUAUUCUUUUUGAAAGAAGGUUUUUUAUCUGAGAGGCCCUUCACAUUUAAGAACCAAACAGUGAGGAAUACACCUGAUAUCAUCUAUCAUUUCAACUCUGGAGAGUAUAUGGAAGAACUCUUGUUUAUUAUAGAGGUAAAGAAGGCACCAUUAAAUGGAGAUUCUACAGAUAUAAGACAGCUUGUUGGGGAAAAAAUUAUGGGACAAGUUGGAGCAGAGCUUAUUGGCCAAAUAAGAUUCUCUGCAUUUUAUCCACAUUCUUUUGGGGUCAUUUGCGUGGAAACAAAGUUAAUUUUUGUCCUCCUGAAAAUUUCAAAAGAGCAUUCAGAUGGCAUAUUUGCUGGAGACAGAGGAACAGGAGAGGAUCCUGGGAAAAUUCAUUACACUGAGCCAUUUGACAUGUUAGUAGCUGAGGACAGGUCUAAAAUUGCAGAUUUUAUGUUUUGGUUAGGAUUUGUUCAAGAUGCUAGGAAAUACAAAAAGUUUUGAUAUGUUAGCUGUAUUCUGGAUAUCCAUUUAAGUCUAUUCAUUGGUCCUUUGGUCAUGAUUGUACAUAAGAAAGUGUACCUGAACAUUUAAAGAGAGAUAUGUACAAGGGGUGAUCAAGAAGAUUUGAGACUGAAUUCAACAAAUACAAUAGUUGCCUGAGCCUUUGUUCAUUACAAUUUUAGUUAAUAGCAUAAAUGGUAAAAGAUGAAUAUAGGUCAAGAAUUUCAUGGUCUCUUCUCUGGAGGGCCUAAAGGGUGUGGCCAACAUUGUCAAAGCUAAUGCAAACUUUUAAUUAUUGACAUUUACAAGGUAAAUUAUUGGCAUGAAUAACAAUUAUACCCUUACCUUAACAUUUUGAAAUUCAUGGCUUUUGGUUCUAUGGUCCAGUCUCAAAGAUGGGGCAAAUUAGUCAUAUAUUGAAAAUGCAUUAUAUCAUAUAAAAUCUUUCUUUAUCCAUGGACUUCUAGCUGGAAAAUGUUUUCACAAUUAUAAUGAGGUCUUUUCACCAAACUUGUAAUUAGCGUGUUGGUAAAAGGAUACUUUGUGGCAAGUUUGGUUGAAAUUGGCUCAGUGGUUCUGGAGAAGAAAUAAAAAAUGUGAAAAGUUUACAGACGGAUGGACAGACAGAUAGAUGGACUACAGCCAAAUUGUGAUCAGAAAAGCUCACUUGAGCUUUCAGCUCAAAUGAGCUAAAAAUGUAGAUGUAGCAUUUUGAACAAACUGUUAAAACUCAGAACAGACAUAUGGAUGACUGACACCUUCAAGUUUGUUCAAUUCACACCCCCCAUGGGUAGGGUGGGGCAACAAUGGACGAUCAAAGUUUUACAUAAGAAUAUACAGGAAAAUCUUUAAAAAUCUUCAUCUCAAGAACAACAAAGCCAUGAUUGGUCAUUUAUAUGGAAGCAUCCUCAGGUGGUGUAGAUUCAAGUUUUUUUUCAAAUCAUGACCCCCAGGGGUAGGGUGGGGCAACAAUGGACAAUCAAAUUUAAAAUAAAAAUAUAUAGGAAAAAUCUGAUGAUGAAGAACAGCAAAGCCAUGAUUGGUCAUAUAAGGAAGCAUCCUCAGGUAGAGUAGAUUCACUUUUGUUCAGAUCAUGAGCCCCGGGGGUAGGGUGGCGCCACAAUGGACAAUUAAAGUUUUACAUAGGAAUAUACAUGAAAAAUAUUUAAAAAUCUUCUUUUCAAGAGCAACAAAGCCAUGAUUGGUCAUAUUUAUAUGGAAGCAUCCUCAGGUAGUGUAGAUUUAAGUUUGUUCAAAUCAUGACCCCCGGAGGUAGGGUGGGGCCACAAUGGAUGAUCAAAGUUUUACAUAGGAAUAUAUCUAGGAAAAAUCUUUAAAAAUCUUCUUCUCAAGAACAACAAAGCUGUGAUUGGUCAUAUUUAUUUGGAGGCAUCCUCAGGUGGUAUAGAUUCAAGUUUGUUCAAAUCAUGACCCCCAGGAGGCAGGGUGGGGCCAAAAUGACAGUUCAAACUUAUAGGGAAAAAAGCCACAGUAAGUCAAAGAAAUAUGGAAGCAUUCUUAGUUAGUGAAGAUUCAAAUUAAUUCUAACCCCCCCCCCCCCAACCCCCCCCCCCCCCCAUUUUAAAGGGAGGUUGGGACCACUUAUGCAGUUAAGCUUUUCAAUUCUGAAUUUAUUUUUUAUUUUUUCCUAGCCACAGUGCACAGGUGAGUGAUGUGGCCCAUGGGCCUCUUGUUAGUUUGUUUUAAAGGUCAUAUGAAACGGUUCAAAACAGUAGGAUUUUACUUUUUAAACAUAAAGACUUGUAUGAAAGAAUGUCAAAUUACGCUUAGUAUAAAAUUUUUUGCCUUUGCUUAACUGAAAAAUGGAGGCCUAAAUUUGUCCACUCAAUAAAUUUGUUACCCGCUUAUCGUUCUUGAUUUUGUGUUUUUAUGACGUCACAAAGACCCAUUGAUGUAAAUAACGCAUUAGAUAUAGUGUAAUUUUACCGUAUUUUAUUGAGUUAAUUUUAGUCAUUUUUUGGGGAUAUAAAUGUGAUUAUGUCUUUAGAUGAGCUAUCUGAUUCUAAAGUACAAUUUACUCUAUUUAAACUAAUCGUUAAUUAGGCCAACAACUGAAAACGAGAGCUUUUCAUCGUAGGAUGAUACUGAUGAAUAUUCCACUGAAAUCAAGAUUUUUCUCUUCCAACUAUGAUUACUUAUUUUAAAUUAGUACUUUAGAAACAAAAAUCUUCUUAUUUCUAUAUGAUUCAUGAUGUUUUUUUCAUUCCUACAUGUAGUGAAAGUGUAUAAUUAACAACAAAAAACAGCGUAAUUAAUUAACAUUGACCUGAAGCUUCUUACAAUAAAAAUUUAAUGGGCAUGCAAAAUCUGUAAAAUAAAGUUGUGUCAUAUAUUGAGAGGGAAAAAUAUCCAGCUCAAGGGUACCCCUUAUUCCCAAAUAAACACGGGGAUAUUGAAGUUCAUGAUGAACAUGCAUCAAUGAAAAGUCGGCGUAUUUGAAUGCACGCUUUCUGCAAUCUGAAACACGAGGACUAAUGUAAAACGAUAUAGAAAUAGGGGUUUAUGACGACAUCAUCGUAAUUUUGCUGUCACAAGAAACAUGAUUUUAAAAAAAAUGGCGCAAAAUUACCGGCAUCACGAUUGCGAGUAUGGACACGUACAUGUAUAAAUGUACAUGUAUAUACAUGCACUGUAAUGUUACGGUACUGAUACUUCUAACAGUUUGACUGAGCAAUUGCAGUUUGAAAAUACUCAUACAGUUCGUGCAUAAAUUGAUCAGUUAAAAAAAUCCAUCCCCCCCCCCCCCCCCAUUAUUUGCGCGAUUGAACCUGAACAAUUUUUAAAAUUAAUAUUUUUACAGUUAAACAUUUUUUUUUAUAUCAGACUAUAUACUCUGUGUUGAAAUAAUCUGAUACAAAUUCAAACAAUUCGGUCUGUAAAUAUAUUCACACAGAAAAGUAGAAUUGCAUAGAUAGAAUUGUGUUUGAUGUCUGACUUUUAAAAAUUACGAUAUUAAAUAUAGUUACAGUGUUAUGUGUAUACAUGUACUGACUUUUUGGUAAGAAAAAUAUACGGGAAGAGAGAGAGAGAGAGUCAUCGAGACAGGGAAAGCCAAAGAGAGAAAAGGGAAAGCGAUUGAGAGAGGGGGAAAGCGAGAAAGCGAUAGAAUCAUUUCAUUUCCCAUGUCAGAAUAAAUGAAAUAAUUUAUUUGCAGGUUUAGUUUCACUUUCACACACCGCGGUCAAUCGAAUUCAGCUUUACUUAUAAAUUUUAAUCAGAAAACAAAUCAUCAAUAUUCUUGUGUUAGAAAUUUAUUCAACUGUAAAUUAUUUGACAGCCUCUAUAUUCACUUACUCUAGUACAGACUCCCUCUCUCUGUUUCUCUCUCUCUCUCUCUCGAUUGAAGUGUCGAAGGACGACAAUAAAUUACAAAGAUAAAACAUGUUAAAAUCUUGCAAAUAUGCAAUAGGAUGUUAAAAGACAAAUACAAUCUUGUUUGAACAUCGUAUAUUUAUGCGAUAUUUUAGCCAAGAUGAUGAUAUUUCUCAAAAAUUACGCUGCAAAAGACAUGAUGGGUUGUAUAAAUGUUAGUACUGAAUGUAGCGAGUGGGUCUUACUGACGUCAUAAGCAAAGGGAAAUAAGCCGCGCUAGUUGAAGUUCAUUUUCGCAGUCAAGUAAUUUUGAUCGACUCUGCUGCCGCUAACUUGCAUAAAAAAUCCAAAAUGUAAUUUCAGGCUUAUUAAAGUUGCUCAGAUGAACUCAUUUCCGUAUACAACCCAAAAUGCUCAGGGCAUUGUUUCAUAUGACCUUUAAACAAAAUUAUGUUCACAUAUAGACUACACUGAAAUAAAUGAAUAUUUUAGUUUUUGAUGUUGCCAUGAGUAAAAAGUAUAUGUUUUUUUUUUAAUUAAAAAAGUAUUCUUGUACUUUUCAUUUUUUUUCUCUCCUAUAACAUAAUUGUAGCCCUAUUGGUUUGUUCUGAACAAACCAGAAGGGCUACAAUGUCAUCAGAGAAUUGUUACAAGUUUGAAACUUUCAAAUAUUUAUAGUCUUUAUAGAGUCUUUUAAGUUAUGAUAACAGAAAAAGUGUGGGUAUUUAUGCUUUGUUUUGUUUUUGUUUGUUUGUUUGUUUUUGUUUUUGGUUUUUUUUUUGGUUUGAUUUCAAAACGGUGUUAACAUGGUUAAAAGUAGAAAUUCACCUGAAAUUCUUGUUGAAGUUGACUAUGUAAUUUUAUGAAUUCAUUAAACAGUACAUUAUCAAUUAUUGUCAAAGUAAGCUCUAAAGAUGGUACAGGAAUGUUAUACUCUUCUGGCUCAAUUCUGUAUUUAAUUGUUGGUUAUUGAGAAGUAAUGUAUUUUUUUGAAUUAUAAAUUGUUAACUUUGAAUAUUAAACAGGUUUGUGACUUUCA